CACUCGACUUCAGGAGUAAUUUACAGCACUUUUCAUUUAAUUGUUUUUGAUGGAAAAGGUGAGGCGUCCAGCUGCGUGAGAAAUGGGUGACGCACAGUCGGCGUUUGAAGAAGGCGAGCCAGGGCAAGAUGCUGCCGAGCGCCAAGGGGAGGAUGAUAAGAAGCUUCUCAAAAACAACUGUCAAAUUGAUGCCAAAUCAGCCACCCUGUUACUGGAGGUCAAUGGCAUCCAUGAGGAUGACACCAAUGCCCAAGAUGACUGGCUUCCAGAAAAUCCUCCUAAAGAAGUGGAGACAAAAGUUGUAGGGAAUGAGAUGGAGCCAAUCAAAGAGGGCGAAAAAAAGGGCGUGUUUUCAGAAGUAACCGAAGUCGAGGCAAAACACAAUGACAUCAAUGACAGCUUUAAAACAUUCUUCAGUAAAGUUGGGUUGAAAUUUACACUCAAACGAGGCUCCAGACACCACGGCGAGAACCAAGAAGGUGAGUCGACUGAGGUCAAAAAGCCUACUGAACAAAUUCAAGAUGAUACAACUCAAGCGGACACAACAUGUGAGAGUAAAAAUGAGGAUUCAACAUGCCCGACUGAGGGAGAAGCAACAGAUUCCCAGAACGAGGUCAAUAUCCCUGACGAAGAAUGGACGCACCUCGACACCCCGUCAGAACAAGAUCCUUCAUCUCCCUCUAGCCCCAAAGAAGAUGUGACGAUGUCACCCAUUAAAAAGUUUUUCGCCUUGGGACUAUUUACCAGAUUAGGGAAAAAGAGGCUGUCUUUGGAAGAUGAGACCAUAACAAGAGAGCUUGUUAUGGAGGAAGUCGGAGACACUGAAAAACAAAUGGCACAAGACCAAAACGAGGACAUAGAAAAUACCGCAGUAGCACUAGCAGAUGUGUACAAGGAAGAAAAUCCACCAGCGGACAUGAUAAGCGAGCCUGGAGGCCCCAAUGAAAUUGAGGAUGUUCCGUCGAGUGCUCUCAAGAGACUUCUGUUGGGCUCUAGUCUGGUGAAGAUCAAAAGGCAAAAAGAAGCAAAGACAUCUGUGGGUGAACAAUGUCAACCGUCUAGUGACGACCCGGACCAUCUUUUGUCGCCCGCUGCAAUGGUAGAGAAUGAUAAAAAACAAAGUCCUACACAACCCGCAGAAACAACCGUGGUCCAGGAGGAGGAAAGUCCGUGGGCCACCUUUAAGAAACUGUUAUCUCCCAAAAAGCGAGUAACCAGGUCCGCCUUGAACAAUGAUGACAUGCAAAACCCAAUGCCCAAAGACGAACUGAAGUCAAGCGAGGGAGAUGACAUAUUAGAGUGCAGAAUGGAUGAGGGCAAAAAGCGGAAGGAUUCGGCUAUUUCCUGGGAUGCCAUUUCAUGUGCAAGAAGUCAGACAGCAACGGAUUUUGAUAACGAAACACCACCCGACGAUGCAAAUAGUACAGAGGCAGUGGAAAAUUAUGACAAUUGUGAUGUUUUAGCAUCUACUCCCAAGAAAGCCGCAAGUCCACCUGAAAGCGAUGUAGAGUCACUUUGCCACGCCUUCAAAAGACUCAUGAGUCCAAAAAGGAAAGCCAAGCUUGUGGAAGAAAUGCAACGCAGUCCUGAAACUGAGAGCAUGCAAGAAAAUGUCUCCCUUUUAGGUAAAAUUUUCCCAGGCUGGAAUAAGAGAAAGUCAGUCCCAAACAAAGACCAAGAACCAACUUCGUGUGAGGUGGACCAGGAGCUCAGUGUUGGUGACCUAAAUUGUAUUAUGCCAGCUGUUGUUCCCUUGUAUGAUUAUGACAUUGUUGAGAUCGAGCCAAAAGAGACCGUUGCAGGAAGGGAACCAUCCACAAAACCAGACAUUGACCUCAAACAAGACUUCCUCCCUGAGGUGAUGGAUGCAACCCCACCUUCGGAAAAUCUGCAGACUGAAGAACCCCUACAAAUUGUUGAGGCAUUACAAAAUGAGGCCACAAAUGAAGACCUGGCCCACCUUACAGAGUACAUUGAACAAGCCCUUAGUGAUAUUACGGAGGAAGGUGAGCUUACAGAGAGCACCACAGCAGAAAAUGUGAUUACGUCGGAGGUUAACAGCGCACCACGUCCUGUGGAGGUUAGCCUCGCCGACAAUAGCGCCAUGAUCUCUGCACUCUCCCAACAGGCAGAAAAAACAUCAGAUGCUACCACACCGGUUCUCACUAAAGCCCAAGUCGAGGAAACAGAAGAGCUCAUGCAGCCAGGUGUUGAGAGCACCACCACUCUGCCUGAACCAGAUCUGUUGUGCUCAGACACAAUAGUUGGUUCUGUCUUGUGUGACACACUUGGAGAAGAUUCGCAUCUACCCGGAUCCAAACAAUCAAACGCACCCACCACCAUGAUAGAUCUGGUUCCAAAUGAAAUGGAAGCAGCAACGGACGAAACAGAGUCAUCCAUAGCCGACAAAAUAAUUUCAACAGAGGCGCUUGACACCCAGGAAAUCACACCUACGGAGAAGCUGGACAUGAAGAAAAUCUCAACCCCCAUUCCUACAGAGGAGAUUGAUACUGAAGAAAUCACACUUCACAUUUCAACGAAGGAGCUCGAGACAGUGGGAAUUACACAUGCCAUUCCUAACAAGGAGCCAGACAUUGAGAAAAUCGCACCAAAGAUUCUUGUAGAGAAGCUCGACAUCAAGGAAAUCAAAUCUCCCAUACGUUCCAAGGAGCUGGACACCCAAAGUACAACUACACCUUCUACAAAGGAGCUUCACACCACGGAGAUCACAAGUCUCAUUCCUACAGAGGAGCUUGACAUUGAGACCACAGAGAUCACAAGUCCCAUUCCUACAGAGAAGGUUGACACUGAGGAUAUGAGAUCUCAAAGUCUUACCAAGGAGCUCAGCACCACGGAGAUCACAAGUCCCAUUCCUACAAAGAAGGUUGACACUGAGGAAAUGGAACCUCAAACUCUUACCAAGGAGCUCGGCACCAUUGAGAUCACAAGUCCCAUUCCUGCAGAGAAGCUUGACACUGAGACCACAGAGAUCACAAGUCCCAUUCCUACAGAGAAGGUUGACACUGAGGAUGGUGGACCUCAAAUUCUUUUCAAGGAGCUCGACACUACAGAUAUCACAAGAGCCAUUCUUACCGAGAAGCUUGACACUGAGACCACAGAGAUCACAAGUCCCAUUCCUACAGAGUUGGUUGACACGGAGGAAAUGGAACGUCAAAUUCUUACCAAAGAGCUCACCACCAUAGAGAUCACAAUUCCCAUUCCUACAGAGAAGGUUGACACUGAGGAAAUGGAACCUCAAAUUCUUACGAAGGAUCUCAACACCACAGAGAUCACAAGUCCCAUUCGUACAGAGAAGGUUGACACUGAGGAAAUGGAAUCUCAAAUGCUUACCAAGGAGCUCGGAUCCACGGAGAUCACAAGCCCCAUUCCUACAGAGAAGCUUGACACUGAGACCAUAGAGAUCUCAAGUCCCAUUCCAACAGUGGAGGUUAACACUGAGGAAAUGGUACCUCAUAUUCUUACCAAGAAGCUCGACACCAUGGAGAUCACAAGACCCAUUCCUACAGAGUUGGUUGACACAGAGCAAAUGGAAAAUCAAGUUCUUACCAAAGAGCUCGACAUCAUAGAGAUCACAAGUCCCAUUCCUAUAGAGAAGGUUGACACUGAGGAAAUGGAACCUCAAAUUCUUACAAAGGAUCUCAACACCACAGAGAUCACAAGUCUCCUUCCUACAGAGAAGGUUGACACUGAGGAAAUGGAAUCUCAAACUCCUACCACGGAGAUCACAAGUCCCAUUCUUACAGAGAAGCUUGUCACUGAGACCAUAGAGAUCUCAAGUCCCAUUCCUACAGAGAAGGUUAACACUGAGGAAAUAGCACAUCAAAUUCUUACCAAGAAGCUCGGCACCAUGGAGAUCACAAGACCCAUUUCUACAGAGGUGGUUGACACUGAGAAAAUGGGACCUCAAGUUCUUCCCAAAGACUUCCACACCACAGAGGUCAAAACUCCCAUUCCUACAGAGAAGCUUGACACUGAGGAAAUGGUACCUCAAAUUCUUACAAAGGAUCUCAACAACACAGAGAUCACACGUCCCAUUCCUACAAAGAAGGUUGACACUGAGGAAAUGGAAUCUCAAAAUCUUACCAAGGAGCUCGGCACCACGGAGAUCACAAGUCCCAUUCUUACAGAGAAGCUUGACACUGAGACCAUAGAGAUCACAAGUCCCAUUCCUACAGAGAAGGUCAACACUGAGGAAAUAGCACCUCAAAUUCUUACAAAGAAGCUCGGCACCAUGGAGAUCACAAAACCCAUUCCUACAGAGGUGGUUGACACUGAGAAAAUGGGACCUCAAGUUCUUCCCAAAGACUUCCACACCACAGAGGUCAAAACUCCCAUUCCUACAGAGAAGCUUGACACUGAGGAAAUGGAACCUCAAAUUCUUACAAAGGAUCUCAACAACACAGAGAUCACACGUCCCAUUCCUACAGAGAAGGUUGACACUGAGAAAAUGGAAUCUCAAAAUCUUACCAUGGAGCUCGGCACCAUGGAGAUCACAAGUCCCAUUCUUACAGAGAAGCUUGACACUGAGACCAUAGAGAUCACAAGUCCCAUUCCUACAGAGAAGGUUGACACUGAGGAUGGUGGACCUCAAAUUCUUUUCAAGGAGCUCGACACUACAGAUAUCACAAGAGCCAUUCUUACCGAGAAGCUUGACACUGAGACCACAGAGAUCACAAGUCCCAUUCCUACAGAGUUGGUUGACACGGAGGAAAUGGAACGUCAAAUUCUUACCAAAGAGCUCACCACCAUAGAGAUCACAAUUCCCAUUCCUACAGAGAAGGUUGACACUGAGGAAAUGGAACCUCAAAUUCUUACGAAGGAUCUCAACACCACAGAGAUCACAAGUCCCAUUCGUACAGAGAAGGUUGACACUGAGGAAAUGGAAUCUCAAAUGCUUACCAAGGAGCUCGGAUCCACGGAGAUCACAAGCCCCAUUCCUACAGAGAAGCUUGACACUGAGACCAUAGAGAUCUCAAGUCCCAUUCCAACAGUGGAGGUUAACACUGAGGAAAUGGUACCUCAUAUUCUUACCAAGAAGCUCGACACCAUGGAGAUCACAAGACCCAUUCCUACAGAGUUGGUUGACACAGAGCAAAUGGAAAAUCAAGUUCUUACCAAAGAGCUCGACAUCAUAGAGAUCACAAGUCCCAUUCCUAUAGAGAAGGUUGACACUGAGGAAAUGGAACCUCAAAUUCUUACAAAGGAUCUCAACACCACAGAGAUCACAAGUCUCCUUCCUACAGAGAAGGUUGACACUGAGGAAAUGGAAUCUCAAACUCCUACCACGGAGAUCACAAGUCCCAUUCUUACAGAGAAGCUUGUCACUGAGACCAUAGAGAUCUCAAGUCCCAUUCCUACAGAGAAGGUUAACACUGAGGAAAUAGCACAUCAAAUUCUUACCAAGAAGCUCGGCACCAUGGAGAUCACAAGACCCAUUUCUACAGAGGUGGUUGACACUGAGAAAAUGGGACCUCAAGUUCUUCCCAAAGACUUCCACACCACAGAGGUCAAAACUCCCAUUCCUACAGAGAAGCUUGACACUGAGGAAAUGGAACCUCAAAUUCUUACAAAGGAUCUCAACACCACAGAGAUCACAAGUCUCCUUCCUACAGAGAAGGUUGACACUGAGGAAAUGGAAUCUCAAACUCCUACCACGGAGAUCACAAGUCCCAUUCUUACAGAGAAGCUUGUCACUGAGACCAUAGAGAUCUCAAGUCCCAUUCCUACAGAGAAGGUUAACACUGAGGAAAUAGCACAUCAAAUUCUUACCAAGAAGCUCGGCACCAUGGAGAUCACAAGACCCAUUUCUACAGAGGUGGUUGACACUGAGAAAAUGGGACCUCAAGUUCUUCCCAAAGACUUCCACACCACAGAGGUCAAAACUCCCAUUCCUACAGAGAAGCUUGACACUGAGGAAAUGGUACCUCAAAUUCUUACAAAGGAUCUCAACAACACAGAGAUCACACGUCCCAUUCCUACAAAGAAGGUUGACACUGAGGAAAUGGAAUCUCAAAAUCUUACCAAGGAGCUCGGCACCACGGAGAUCACAAGUCCCAUUCUUACAGAGAAGCUUGACACUGAGACCAUAGAGAUCACAAGUCCCAUUCCUACAGAGAAGGUCAACACUGAGGAAAUAGCACCUCAAAUUCUUACAAAGAAGCUCGGCACCAUGGAGAUCACAAAACCCAUUCCUACAGAGGUGGUUGACACUGAGAAAAUGGGACCUCAAGUUCUUCCCAAAGACUUCCACACCACAGAGGUCAAAACUCCCAUUCCUACAGAGAAGCUUGACACUGAGGAAAUGGAACCUCAAAUUCUUACAAAGGAUCUCAACAACACAGAGAUCACACGUCCCAUUCCUACAGAGAAGGUUGACACUGAGAAAAUGGAAUCUCAAAAUCUUACCAUGGAGCUCGGCACCAUGGAGAUCACAAGUCCCAUUCUUACAGAGAAGCUUGACACUGAGACCAUAGAGAUCACAAGUCCCAUUCCUACAGAGAAGGUCAACACUGAGGAAAUAGCACCUCAAAUUCUUACAAAGAAGCUCGGCACCAUGGAGAUCACAAAACCCAUUCCUACAGAGGUGGUUGACACUGAGAAAAUGGGACCUCAAGUUCUUCCCAAAGACUUCCACACCACAGAGGUCAAAACUCCCAUUCCUACAGAGAAGCUUGACACUGAGGAAAUGGAACCUCAAAUUCUUACAAAGGAUCUCAACAACACAGAGAUCACACGUCCCAUUCCUACAGAGAAGGUUGACACUGAGAAAAUGGAAUCUCAAAAUCUUACCAAGGAGCUCGGCACCAUGGAGAUCACAAGUCCCAUUCUUACAGAGAAGCUUGACACUGAGACCAUAGAGAUCACAAGUCCCAUUCCUACAGAGAAGGUCAACACUGAGGAAAUAGCACCUCAAAUUCUUACAAAGAAGCUCGGCACCAUGGAGAUCACAAAACCCAUUCCUACAGAGGUGGUUGACACUGAGAAAAUGGGACCUCAAGUUCUUCCCAAAGACUUCCACACCACAGAGGUCGAAACUCCCAUUCCUACAGAGAAGCUUGACACUGAGGAAAUGGAACCUCAAAUUCUUACAAAGGAUCUCAACAACACAGAGAUCACACGUCCCAUUCCUACAGAGAAGGUUGACACUGAGAAAAUGGAAUCUCAAAAUCUUACCAAGGAGCUCGGCACCAUGGAGAUCACAAGUCCCAUUCUUACAGAGAAGCUUGGCACUGAGACCAUAGAGAUCACAAGUCCCAUUCCUACACAGAAGGUCAACACUGAGGAAAUAGCACCUCAAAUCCUUACACAGAAGCUUGGCACCAUGGAGAUCACAAGACCCAUUCCUACAGAGGUGGUUGACAUUGAGAAAAUGGGACCUCAAGUUCUUCCCAAAGACUUCCACACCACAGAGGUCAAAACUCCCAUUCCUACAGAGAAGCUUGACACUGAGACCACAGUGAAGGUUGACACUGAGGAUAUAGAACCUCAAAUUCUUGCAAAGGAUCUCAACACCACAGAGAUCACACGUCCCAUUCCUACAGAGAAGGUUGACACUGAGGAAAUGGAAUCUCAAAUUCUUACCAAGGAGCUCGGCACCACGGAGAUCACAACUCCCAUUCUUACAGAGAAGCUUGACACUGAGACCAUAGAGAUCACAAGUCCCAUUCCUACAGAGAAGGUCAACACUGAGGAAAUAGCACCUCAAAUUCUUACCAAGAAGCUCGGCACCAUGGAGAUCACAAGACCCAUUCCUACAGAGGUAGUUGACACUGAGAAAAUGGGACCUCAAGUUCUUCGCAAAGACUUCCACACCACAGAGGUCAAAACUCCCAUUCCUACAGAGAAGCUUGACACUGAGACCACAGUGAAGAUUGACACUGAGGAUAUGGAACCUCAAAUUCUUAUAAAGGAGCUCGGCACCAUCGACAUCACAAGCCCCAUUCUUACCCAGGUGGUUGACACCAAGGAAAGGGGACCUCAAAUUCUUACCAAGGGGCCCGACACCACAGAUAUCACAAGUCUCAUUCCUACAGAGAAGGUUGAUACUGAGGACUUGGGACCUCAAAUUCUUACCAAGGAGCUCGACACCACAGAGAGCACAAGUUCCAUUCCUACAGACGUGUUUGACACUGGGGAAAUGGGACCUCAAGUUCUUACCAAGGAGCCAGACACCACAGAGAUCACAAGUUCCAUUCCUACAGAGGAGGUUGACACUGAGGAAAUGGGACCUCAAGUUCUUACCGCGGAGCUCAACACCACAGAGAUCACAAGUCCCAUUCCUACAGAGUUGGUUGACACUGAGGACAGUGGACCUCAAAUUCUUACCAAGGAGCUCGACAAAACAGAUAUCACAAGAGCCAUUCCUACAGAGAAGCUUGACACUGAGACCACAGAGAUCACAAGUCCCAUUCCUACAGAGGUGGUUGACACUGAGGAAACGGAACCUCAAAUUCUUCCCAAGGAGCUCGGCACCACGGAGAUCACAAGUCCCAUUCCUACAGAGGUGGUUGACACUGAAGAAACGGGACCUCAAAUUCUUACCAAGGAUCUCAAGACCACGGUGAUCACAAGUCCCAUUCCUACACAGAAGCUUGACACUGAGACCACAGAGAUCACAAGUACCAUUCCUACAGAAGAGGUUGACACUCAGGAAAUGGCACCUCAAAUUCUUACUAAGGAGCAUGACACCAUAGAAAUCACAAGUCCCAUUCCGACAGAGAAGCUUGACACUGAGGAGAUUAGACGUCAAAUUCUUAUCAAUGAGCUCCACACCACAGAGAUCACUUCUCCCAUUCCUACAGAGAAGCUUGAUACUCCCAGUCUGACUGCAGGUCUCAGCACCAAGGAAAGCAAGCCUUUCAUUCAGACUGAGGUGCUUUACACUAAGACAGAAACUACACCUCCUAUUCCUACCAAGGAGCUCCAAACUGUGGAAAUCACACCUCCAAUUCUUACAGAGGAGCUCGACUCCAAAGAAAUCAAAACCCCGAUUUUUAUAGAGGAGCUCGACAUUGAAGAGUUCACUCCUACUUGUACUGAGGAGUCUGGCUCUGAGGAAAUCAUACAUUCCAUUACUAACAAGGAACUUAACAUUGAAGAAAUCAAGCCGGUCAUUCCUACAGAAGGGCUUGACAUGGAAGAGAUUAUACCUCCAAUGACUACCUGGAAAAUCAGAACCCGAAUUCAAACUGAGGAGCUGAACACAGAGGAAAUCACACCUUCUGUUCUUGCAGAGGAGCUUGACACCCAGGGAAACACACCUCCAAUUCCCAGAGAGGAGUUUAACACCACAGAAAUCACAAUUCCCAUUCUUGCUAAGGAGCUAGAACCUCAGGAAACUUCACCUCCGAUUCCUACAGAGGAGCUUGACACCAAUGAAAGCAAAACCCAAUUUCCUAUCGAGGAGUUGCACAUUGAAGAAACCAAACCUGCCCGUACUGAAGAGCCUGACACUGAGGAAAUGAAACCAUCCAUUGCAACCAAGAAACAUGACAUUGAGGGACUCAAGUCUCCCUUUCAUACAGAAGAGCUUGACACUCAGGAAAUUACAGCUUCUAUUCCAACAGAGGACCUUGAUAUCAAGGAAAUCUCAACUCCCAAUCCCGACAAGGGUCUUGACACUAAGGAAAUCAGACUUCCUACUCCUACCAAGGCUUAUGAGAUAGAGGAUAUAACACCUGCACUACCUACAGAAACACUCAACACCAAAGAAAUAAAGCCAAACCAUUCAGAGGAUUUACACUCCAAAGAAAUCACAACUCCCAUUCCUAGCCAGGAGCUUGGCAAUGAGGACAUUAGAGCUCCUCCUUCCACUGAGGAGCAUGGCACGGACGAUAUUAGACCUCCCAUUCCAGCCAAGAGGUUCAAAAUUGAGGAAAUCCAGACUCCGUUUCUUACUGAAGUGCUUGGCACCAACAAAAUCACUACUCCGACUCCUCAAAUUCUGAUCCAAGAACCUCAGACUAAGGAACUAACACUUCUUUCUCCUACCCAAGAGACUAACAUUGAGGAAAUUGUGCCUCCAAUUCAUACGGAAAAUUCAGCCGCAGAUGCAAUUACAGCUUCCAUUCCUACCAGGGAGCUUGACUCCAGUGAAAUCACACAUCCUAUUCUAUCGCAGGAAGUCGACACCCAGGAAAAUUCCGCUCGCAUUUUUUAUGAAGAGUUUGACGGAGAAGAAAUAAUACCUCAGAUUCCGACUGAUGAGUUUGACGCAGUGGAAAUCAAGCAUCCGAUUACAGCCCAGGAGUUGGAUACAGAAGAAUUUUUACCUUCAAAUUCAACCCAAAUGUUUGACUACAAGGAAACCCCACCUCACAUUUCUACCAAGGAGCUUGAGACAGAAAAAAUGCCAACAGAAAAAACAAAAACUGCUAAUUUCUCCAACUCAGAAUACAACUUCAGUAAAUUAGACAGUAUGGAUGAGAUCCAUGUAUUUUUGGAGGACUGCCUCUCUGAUAUAAGCAAAGGGGAGUCUUCAGAGCAGUUGGUGGAACAGGAAGAUGUUGCUACAGAAGAUGACAUUGAAGCUCCACGAUCCGAAAAACUUGCUCAUACUGACCUUAAAGAAAGUGACACAAAGCAAAACACUUUGCAGAUGGUCACAAUACAUCAGGAGGAACAGAAAGUCAAAGUAACAUCAGAAAAGUGUCCAGAAGCGUUUACAGAGGAACUUCAGUCAACAACAGAGAUUUCAUCUGAACCCAUCUUGAAUUCUGUUGAGGUUUCAGGAGCACAAACAGAAACACUGGCUUUGCAGGAAUGUCGUCUUCAACUUGCUUUAGAUAAAGUGCUUUGUGAGAAGGUUGCCAGUGAAGUCAAGGAGACAACCAAACUCCUAUCUGAAAUCAGUACAGAACCAUUCAACAAAGAUGUAGCAAAGGAGCCAGUAGAUACAUCCCAAAAUGAACUUAUUCGAGAAACAGAAGCUGUGCAAGCAACACCGCAACAAACUGAGAAAGUAGAAGCAGAACUUGUAGAAAACCAGAAAGAGGAGAGUAUCCUGCUGCCUGAAGUUGAAGAUAAAGCAAUGGCUGCACCUGAAAUUGAAAUGAUCCAGGAACAAGUAUCAGUAGCAACACAGAAAAAACAGCUUGAACCUGAUCUAGUUGAAGUCCAACAUGCUGAAGUCAAAGAAGACAUUCAUGGAGAAGACCCUCUGAUGGAAGAAGUGAAAGACAAAAGUGUGCCUCUGCUUGAAGCCGACAUUAAGACAGAAGAAAAUGACCAGAGGAGAACGAGUGAUAUCCAAAUUGAACUCGUCAAAGAGGACAAAGACAUCGUUGUGCAAGACCUGUCAUUUAAAGCGGAAGGGAUCUCAGAAAGUAUACUUGCAGAAGAAGCCAUGACUGAUGAAGUCAAAUACAGUCCUUUGCCUGGAAGUGAAAAUGAACUAGUAAGCAAAGACCAGAAAGCCAAAGCUGAACUUAGUUCUUUAAAGGAGGUAGUACGAGAAUCAUGUCUAAAAUCAUAUGAACACCAAGAAGUAGGUGAUCCACAGAAAACCAUGACAGAAGAAUGUGAACAGGAGAAGGCGUCUCAGCUUCAAACCAUUAUUGAGUCAGCAAAAGAUGAGGUGGUUGUGGAUGCAAAUGAAAUCGAACCAGUAGAAGAAACAUUAGGACAAUCCAAACAAUCAAUCCAGACAGAAUCUGUCGAGGCAGAAGAAACAUUUUUUGCGGAAGAAAUGAUGACAGCAGAACUCAAAGAAGAGACUGUGUGUUCUACUGAGGUCCAACCACCAAGUGACCAACAAGCAGCGGCUGUAGUCAAAACUGGACUAAAUCCAGACCAAGCUGUAGCACAAGAAGGAGAAGCAAUAACAGAUAUUGCUGAAGACAAAACAGGUGAAGUUAAAGAGGAGGCGAUAUCACUGAGUGAAACAAAUGUGGAGGCAAACCAGGAAGCAGACACCCGAAAGGAGAUGGAGUUACUCGAGAAACCUUCUCAGGCGUUAUCAGUAAAUGUAACGAAUGAGGUCCCAGAGGAGGCAAACCAGGAAGCAGACACCCAAAAAGAGGUGGUGCUACUCGAGAAACAUGCUCGGGUGAUAUCACUAAGUGAAACAAAUGUGGUCCCAGAGGAAGCAAACCAGGAAGCAGAGAAUGAAAUGGAGAACAUACAUUUUUUUGAAGCCUUAGUAUCAAAGGAAGCCAACAUGGAAUUACUUCAAUCUGAGGAAACAACAGAAGUCAUUCUGGUGGAGGAAAGUCUUCCAAGUGAACACAAAGAUCAAGUGCAGCCUCUGCCUGAAUUGCCAGGGAACAAAAACAUGAAGCAAAUAAGUGAUUUGAUGGAGGGUACUCCGGCAAAGAAAACUGAAGACACCCAGAAUGAAUCAAUGAAAUCAGGUGCUGAAACAGAAGUGCUGCAAAGUGUAAGUGAUGAAGUCCAAGAGCCGCAAGAAGUAACUGCAGUUAAAACAGAAAUAGUAGAGGAGGUGCCUAUGUCUGGACUGGGAACCAACGAAGAAAGUCUCACUCAAACAUUUUCAAAGGAAACACUGGUAAAGGAAAUUUCAGAAACAGAGAAUGACAUUGCUUCAGAAGCAGAGGAAACCAAGCCUCAACGAGAUCAGGCUUUCAAAAAGGAGGAGGAUUCGGAGAACACAGAUCUUAAUCAACAGCAAUAUGUUAUGGACAGGGAGGAAGAUGGCACGCCAGAAGUCACAGAAGCACAUGUAUCCUUACACCAGAAGGAACAAAGUUGUGCACAGAUCCUUGAAAAGGUUAUUUGCGAAGAAAUCCCUGAAGUUUGUGGAACUCUUGAAGACCAAGUUAAACUUCAGGCACAUCAAAGUGACGUGGAAAACAAAACUGAGGGAGAAAAACAUGAUCUACCAGAGGUGACCACUGCUGAAGUUGCGCACGCUCUGGUGACUCAAGUGACCAUGUGCCAUUUUAAAAAAGUUUCAACUUCACUACCUGAUCUGAUUACGACAUCAUCUGGCAUGCAGGAACCGCUGCUGGAAUAUGUGCUACCAGAAUCCACAGAAAUGGUUGUGUCUGAAUUACCUACUAUAACAAAAAACAACUUGGCGCAGAGGGCACGGUUAGCCAACGAGGUUCUCAUGAUGCAAGCGACUGCGAUGGAGGUCAACCACAGCAUUCAAUUACAAGUCGUCCAAGUGGACAUCACAACGGCAGAGAAGAGCGUGGAUCAGAUUCUGGAGGUUGGGAUAGGAGAUAAAGCAGUAACUGAUGUGUGUAACAGAAAUAUUGAAGGGCUUGAGGAAGUAAUGCAAGAGAACUAUGCAGGGAUGUGUCAUGAGCUUGUUUCAAAUGUAAUGGAGAACAAACUUGAGACCUUGGACCAAAUGGUUUUAAAAGAGGCAAAAGAAGUUGAACUGGGAGAAGUUGAGGGAAUAAUGGAAUUAUCAACCGAAACACAAAGUUGGAAGGUCUUGGUCCCCAUUUGCGCCCUAGAAGCAGAGGAGCCCAUGGCACCGACUGAUAAAGCUGGUAAGGCACCGGUAGCAAAAGAAGAACACCUCAAAGAUAGUCAAAAAGACCCAGAGCCAGUCAAAGGUCAUCGAACCCUUGUAUUGCAAGAUUGCGUACAACAAAUGGAGCCAGCUGAAAAAGGAAAACACAAAACUGAGCAAGUUCAGUCACCAGAAUCUUUCCCCCAAACAGAUCUAGAUGAGUACCAAGACAUAAAGUCCAAUGAGGUUGAAGAACCACAAUCUAAAAUAGAUACAGAAGAACAUUCAUCAUUACCAGGUCUUAAAAGAACAGAGCAAAGUGAGGUUAGUGUCCAGACAAUCCUGGCUCUCGACUCAGUACUUUCCGUCGACAACCAUAAGGAGCUAGGGAUAACUGGGGAAAAUGUUCAGGUGCAAGAAAUAGAAAAGCCCUCAUGUCCAAAAGCGCCAUAUGAGAUCGAAGAGACAGCUCUAGCAGAUGAACAUAUUCAAUCCUCAAUAGAAUCCACUGAGACACAGAAACAGAUGGAACUAGUAGAAAAAUAUGUCCAGACAAGUGAAAACCCAGAGCCCCUCCCCCCAAAAGAGUCCACUGAGACCCAGGAACAGAAGGAGCUACUCAAGAUACAUGUUCAGGCAAAAGAAAACCAAGAGCCCCUACCCCAAAACAAGUUAUUCGUGACCCAGAAAGAGAUGGAGUUAUCAGAAGAGCAUGAUCAGCGAAGAGAAAACCAAGUGUCAUCACCACAAAGAGAGGCCACUGAAACUCAAAAUGAGUUAGAGCUACUCGAGAAACAUGCUCAGGCAAGCCAAAACCAAGAACCCAUAAUCCAAAAAGUCUCAAAUGAGACCCAGAAAGAGAUGGAGGGAUCAGAAGAGCAGGAGCAGGUAGGAGGAACCCAAGUAUCAUCACCCCAAGAUGAGCCCACUGAGACCCAGAAACAGACAGAGCUACAAGAGAAACACGUUCAGGAAAGCAAAAGCCAAGGGUUGCUACCCCAAAAAGAGUUAAUCGAGACCCAGAAAGAGAUGGUGGUAUCAGAAGAGCAUGUUCAGGCAAACGAAAACCAAGAGUCCCUCCUCCCAAAAAUGUCUGAGACUCAGAAACAAAUGGAGCCACUUGGAAACCAAGUCCAGGCAGGCGAAAACCAAGAGCUCCAAGGGUCCACCGAGAGUCAGAAACAGAUAGAGCUACAAGGGAAAUAUCUACAUGCAAGUGAAACACCAGAGUCCAUACACCAAACGGAGUUGACGGAGACCCAGAAACAUACGGAGCUGUCAGAAGAAAACCAAGCGCCAUUACCCAAAGAAGAAUCCAACGAGACCCAGAAACCUAUGGAGCUUCAAGAGAAAUACCUUCAGGCAAGCAAAAACCAAGAGCCCCUCCCCCAAGAAGAACCCACCGAGACCCAGAAACAGACUGAGCUUCAAGAGAAAUACUUUCAGGCAACUGAAACACAAGACCCCCUACCCCAAAAAGAUUCCCCCGAGACUCAGGAACAGACCAAGCUCCAAGAGAAAUAUUUUCAGGCAAGUGGAACACAAGAGCCCAUAUCACAACGAGAGUCCACCGAGACCCAGAAACAGAUGAACCUACAACAGAAAGAUGUUCAGGCUAGUCAAAUCCAAGAGCUCAUAGCCCAAGAGGAGUCAACAGAAACCCAGAAACAUAAGGAGCUAUCAGAAGAGCAUGAGCAGGCAAUAGAUAACCAAGUGGCAUCACCCCAAGAAGAGCCUGCUGAGAGCCAGACAGAGCAGGUUCAGGCACGUGAAAACCAAAAGCCCUUGCCCCAAAAAGAGUUCAUGGAGACCCAGAAAGAGACAGAGGAAACUGAGGAGUUUGUUCAGGCCCCAGAAACGGAAAUGGUGUCAUUCCCAAAAGAGCCAGCCACUGACCAAAAUCAAGCAGUUCAAAUUGAAGAGACCUCUGAACCGGCGAGCAAAUUGAAAUCCACUGAGAUCACGGCGAAGGCGAACUCUUCUGUCCUUUCUGGCCUCCCCACAAGGGAGAUAGAAGACUCAGUCAAGGAAAAGCUACCAAUGAUAACAGUCCAAUUAAUUUUAGAAAUUCAACCAGUGGAGACAAUGGAACCACAAGAAGUAGUUGGAGCCACAGUGGAUGAAACACCCAACAUGUGGAAAACACAAACAUUCAGAAGUGCGUCAAAACCAGAAACCGAAGACGACGGGGAGGAGAUAUGGAUGGACGCAAAGGAAGAGAUUGAAAUUCAAGAGACGCCUAAAGAUGAGAGUCCGCGACGGGACGGCAACCCUGAGGCCGAACGUGAGCGCGAAGACGGCCAUUUUGACAUUGCGGUUGACAAUUCAAAAAUGAAAAGUGCGCCAGUCGUGGAGCGGGAUCGAGCAGGUCGCACUGAAGACCAGAAGGUCACCGCUGCUGAGACCGACGCAAUGAACUGAUUUGCAGACUCAGGAUAUCGUACUUAUUAAUUUUUUGGUAUUUUAACAUGAACAGACUAACAAAUAGUCAUAGUGUCAAUUUAUUAAGACACGUGUCGCUCGUCAUAAUGUACAUAUUAGCUACGUAUUUUCCCCUCCAACAGCAAAAAGUGAGAAGAGCCUGGAAAUGCAUGACCCAAUAUUUUUGGAUGUUGCACUUAGAAAAAUGUGUUUAUUCUGAUUCCAAGUAGGAACACGCCUUGCACUGUCGACACACUUUUCGUUGUUUGUUUGCAUGCGCGACAUAUCGACAAACUCACGCCGAUGCUGCUGUCAAAUAUUUUAACGAUUGAAUAAAAAAAGAAAAAACAGUCCA